CGCUGGGUGUUGCAGUCAGCUGAUCGGUGACGGACGGUGGAUCCUGCAGUAGCAGCGCACUCUGUGGCCGGGCCUGUAACACGGAGCCGGCUCCUCGCCCAGCAACAACCAACCCUGAGCAGAUUAUUCCAGGAACCCACCUGCAUUGAUACGCAACAGUAGCGUCAAGGGGCUGUGUCUCUUCGACUUGAAAGAUGGAUUUUUCCAAAUUGCCGAGGAUCCGUGAUGAAGAAAGAGAAAGCAAGUUUGGUUAUGUCCACGGUGUUUCAGGACCCGUGGUCACGGCUUCCAGUAUGUCCGGAGCCGCUAUGUAUGAGCUGGUGCGUGUGGGACACAGCGAGUUGGUCGGGGAAAUCAUCCGUUUAGAAGGCGAUAUGGCCACCAUCCAAGUCUACGAAGAGACCUCCGGUGUAUCUGUUGGUGAUCCAGUACUGCGCACUGGCAAACCUUUGUCUGUGGAGCUAGGACCUGGUAUAAUGGGAUCCAUUUUUGAUGGUAUUCAAAGACCUUUGAAGGAUAUCAGCGACUCCACACAGAGCAUCUACAUCCCCAGGGGAGUCAACGUGUCUGCCCUGAGCAAAGACAUUAAGUGGGAUUUCACCCCUUCUAAGAAUCUCAGGGUUGGAAGUCAUAUCACCGGUGGAGACAUUUAUGGAUCAGUGUUUGAGAAUUCUCUGAUCAAACACAAGCUAAUGUUGCCUCCCCGAAACCGUGGUACAGUCACCUAUGUGGCUCCUCCAGGGCAUUACGACACAUCGGACGUUGUACUGGAGCUGGAGUUUGAGGGUGUGAAGGAGAAGUUCACAAUGGUCCAGGUGUGGCCUGUGAGAACUGUCCGACCGGUCACUGAGAAACUACCAGCAAAUCAUCCUCUACUUACUGGCCAGAGGGUGCUCGAUGCCUUGUUCCCGUGCGUACAAGGAGGAACCACAGCUAUCCCUGGUGCUUUUGGCUGCGGUAAAACUGUGAUUUCACAGUCUCUCUCCAAAUACUCUAAUAGUGAUGUCAUCAUCUACGUGGGUUGUGGGGAGAGAGGGAACGAGAUGUCUGAAGUACUACGGGACUUUCCAGAGCUCACCAUGGAAGUGGAUGGGAAAGUUGAGAGCAUCAUGAAAAGAACGUCACUUGUAGCCAACACUUCAAACAUGCCGGUGGCAGCCAGAGAGGCCUCUAUUUAUACAGGGAUCACACUGUCAGAAUAUUUUCGAGACAUGGGAUACCACGUCAGUAUGAUGGCCGACUCUACAUCUCGAUGGGCAGAGGCUCUCCGAGAAAUCUCUGGGCGUCUGGCUGAAAUGCCUGCUGAUAGUGGUUACCCAGCAUACCUUGGUGCCCGUCUGGCCUCUUUCUACGAGCGAGCCGGCAGAGUGAAGUGUCUGGGAAAUCCAGAGCGAGAAGGGAGCGUGAGCAUUGUUGGAGCCGUGUCUCCCCCUGGUGGUGAUUUCUCAGAUCCCGUCACAUCUGCCACUUUGGGCAUUGUGCAGGUGUUCUGGGGUUUGGACAAAAAACUGGCACAGAGGAAACACUUCCCUUCUGUAAACUGGCUGAUCAGUUACAGCAAGUACACACGGGCGUUGGAUGAGUACUAUGACAAACACUUCCAAGAGUUCGUCCCACUGAGAACCAAAGCCAAGGAGAUCCUACAGGAAGAGGAGGACCUGGCAGAGAUUGUGCAGCUGGUUGGAAAGGCAUCUUUGGCAGAAACCGAUAAGAUCACGCUGGAAGUGGCCAAGCUGAUCAAAGAUGAUUUCCUCCAGCAGAAUGGAUACACUCCCUAUGACAGGUUCUGCCCAUUCUACAAAACUGUGGGAAUGCUGUCCAAUAUGAUUGCGUUUUAUGACAUGGCGCGGCGUGCAGUGGAGACCACAGCCCAAAGCGACAACAAGAUUACAUGGUCCAUUAUCAAGGAGCAAAUGGGAGAAAUCAUGUAUAGACUGACUUCCAUGAAAUUCAAGGACCCGGUGAAAGAUGGUGAAGCUAAAAUUAAGGCAGACAAUGCCCAGCUGCUGGAAGACAUGCAGAACGCUUUCCGCAGCCUGGAGGAUUAGAAGACACAUCCAUUCCUUCCUCUGUACCAGACCUCCAGAUCCUGCAUCGAAGCGGGGGCUUCUGUAUAUUUCCAGCAGUGAUCUACCCUAUGCCCCCUUUCCACAUUUAGUUGAUCACAGAAUCCAGUUGUGUCCAUUCCAGUGUUUUGCCCGAUUUCCCUGUAGCUGUUUUCUCAUUGAUGUGGUGAAUGUGCUUAGUGAAAGCUGACUUGCUGAGCAGAUGGAGCUUACAUGGGAGAGAGAUUCACGGGUACGGGUCUACUUUACAUCAGGUGUGUCCAGCAGAAUGCAGCAGGAGUCCAUUAGCACCAGAAGGGUUAAACUAGUUUUGCCUGCUAUGCGGUACAUGUAGCAAUUUUAAGGGUACAACGCCAAUUUCUGCUAACUUUUAACCUCUUUAUACUUUACAUCUUCUAUCGGGUAUUAACGCUUUGCGUCCCAGGGAGAGUGCCUUCAAUUACUGAUCUUGGCAUCUAUCUGGCACACAUGGUGUUAAUGUUUACCAGAUUAGAAGACAGGCUGACGGGUAACACUAGUGGGUGCAAUGUCUUAAAGAUUUAUUCAUUAUAUAAAGAAUUAUGAAGAAUUGACGAAAGAAUUGCAAUUCCAAGUUAAAACGCAGAGCCACAAAAACAGUGGAAAAGGGUAAUUUUUUUUCGAGUAGAGCGAUUUUACCUGAAAAUGUCCACUUCCUUAUCCAUUCUCCCCAGUCCCAGUGAGAAGACCUCUUAGUAACACAUUCCAAGCUGUGCUUCUAUGAGCUCUGCGUACGAUCAUUGUAUAUAUUGAUAGAGAUGGUGCUUUCUGGGCUCUGAUAGAAUGUUAGCUUUUCUGCCUAGUGCUUAUUCUUCGUUUACAGAGAUUAACCCUACUCUUACCCAUUUUGAUUAUAUAUAUUUUUUAAAUCGUUGGUUCUUUGACAGCCUACAAAUACAAUACAUACACAAUGUGUCUUGCCGUGUCUGGCAUCGAAGGAGUUAACGUCACAUUGUAAUGAGAGAAAUGCAUCGGUUGUCAUGUGUGGUGAGAAGAGAACGCCACGUUUUAGGCCGAAAGAGCUGACCUGGAAUAAUUCUCCUCCUCUGUCAGAGAUAGCUGAAAGGUAGAUGCACAACUGCUGCAGGACUACCACUCCCAUGAUGCAUUGCCUUAUGGCUGGUUACCCUUGUUUUUCCAUUGGCCGGUGAUCUUUUCUGCCUGAGGUCUGUGCUGGUAGCUUUCAGGAAGGAAAGUGGUUUUAUAAAUCUAAAAGGGAAUAAAUAUUGAUAAUACUGAAUUAGGCUUCAAAGUUCAAACUAUAUUUUCCUGUCCCCAGAUUCAGGAUCCCCACCUGCUGUUCUUGGUAUGGUCUGUGUUGCGGUAAUCCAAUUCUGCCCAUUCUGCUCCAUUAGUCACAGCUAUAUUGCUAGUCUGACCUUGGUAAUGUGUAAAUAGAUGGUACAUUUUACAAUCAGAGUAUUAUUCCAGCCUUUUGUUUCUUUAAAUUGGCUUAAACUGAUCUGUGAUUCCAAUCAGGGGCUCAAUGCUAUUUUAAUUUCUAUGCGUUAUACAUUUCUUUAAGAUCCUUCAUUUGACUCCAUACAUUUAAAAUCCAUAUUCUUUAAAGUGCUGUUUUCCCCCUUAUUGUACCAGUGUAGGCCUCAGGUUCCCAAAAGUGCAUUGAUUCCCUAAGGCGAGGGUAGCCAAAAGGUAGAUCCCAUUUAUUGCAGAACUUUAACACCAUCAUAUUUACCAGCCCUGGGGUCAGCCAUCAGUCCAUCGUACUCCACUAGGUAAGAACAUGAUUGCAUUUGCUUUAUUAGUAGAACAUGACAAAGCUUAGUAACGUGCCAGGGAAUAAAAUAAAAACCAGUCAGAACUCCGACUUUCUGGCCGAGAAUCUCUGCUCCAUGUAAGAGGUGGUGUUUGGAAUAAAUUCUGAUUAAUUCACUGUAAUUACCCUUCAUGCUGUGUUAAGACAUUUGUAGUUCGUGUUGUAAAAUUCAAGUCUUUAAAACCAUAGGGUUUAUUAAAGCUCGAUGCAGAUGUAUUUAUUGUACUGUACCUUGGCGAGCAGAGGCCGCUGGUUAAAACAGAUUCUAUUUUUUGUUAUGUUUUGUUUUGGUGUUCUUGUUCCACGUUAUUGAAAUUCUGUUCACUGUAUUGGUUCUUUCUUCCAGACUUGUGAAAGGGAUGAAAGAAUAUUACAUAAAGCUCUGUGAUUUUAUGACUUGAAAUAUGUGUAAAGUUGUUUAAAUUCUUCAAAAUAAAAUAUGAAUUUAAAUUUACAA